AUGUUCAAGAGUCUUAAGUUCUUUGUGAGGUCCGUAAUAUACGGCUCGCUCAUCACCGGAUGUGCUCUCUACGGUGUCGUCGCUUCCAUUAUCUUACGUAUAAUAGGCAAGAAAGAAUACGCACAAUACACCGUGGCUAAGGCCUUCUACAGCACGUUUUCUACAGCAACAGGUAUUAAAAUCAAGUUGGUCAAUGAGGAAAUAUUGACUCAGUUGCCCGCUGUGAUUAUCAGUAACCACCAAUCUGCCCUUGAUAUUUUGAUCUUGGCUAAAGUCUUCCAACCUGGCUACACGGUAACUGCUAAGAAGGUUCUUCAAUACUUCCCCUUCCUUGGGUGGUUCAUGUUGGCGUCGGGAACGUUUUUCCUUGACCGUGCUAAGGGUGAAAAGGCAAGAAAGGUGUUGGAGAGAGCAUUGGCUGGUUUGAAGAAGGAAAAGAGAGGCCUCUUCAUGUUUCCUGAGGGAACCAGGUCUGGUUUCACCACCUUGGAACUCUUACCUUUCAAGAAAGGAGCCUUCCACCUUGCCAAACAAGCUGGAAUCCCUGUCAUCCCUGUUGUAGUCAGUAACACCUCAACUAUUUUCAAUGCUAAGAAAAAGGUGUUCGAAUCUGGUUUAAUCACCAUUGAAGUAUUGGACCCUAUGCCCACUACUGGUUUGGAGACCAAUGAAGAUGUAACCAGGUUUUCUGAAGAAGUACACAAGAAAAUGAGUGAUGUGGUCAAGAGAUUGGGAUACUCUGUUCCAUCGAACCAAGCCAAUUCAGAACUUCAAUCUCAAGACGCCGAGAUAAAUGCAGAAGACGCAACCGAUAUCAACACCGAUAGUGAGGCUGAAGUCGAAGUUGUCACUGAAGUUGUUUCCGAAGUUACCCCAUUAAAAUCAAAAGCUACAUAG